AUGCGACAACCAGCAAAGCCCAUUCCGUCGCCCUUCCAGUCUUCCAUUGCGAAGCCAGGGCAGGGCACAGUCGUCCUUUCUCUCCUCCCACCAAAUAACCCAACCUUCACAACCCUCACCUACAAAUACCCCUUGAAACUAGUUCCACGCACCGGCGGCUUCGUCCCAUCCCCAGACUCCUCCGCCUUCUCAGACACACGUCCCUCCAACCCCGUCCACCUUUACCUCCUCACCUAUGGCGGUGGGCUUCUGCCAGGUGAUCAAAUUGCAGUAUCCAUCAGGCUCGAGCCCAAGACACGAAUGGUGGUAACGACGCCACAAGGCAGCACCAAGAUCUUCAAAACAACACCAAACAACACCGGCACCGCCCCAAAUGUCAUCAAAGGCCACCGUGAUCCAAGGCCCGCAAACGACCACCUCUUCAACAUGAGCCAGCAAACCCUCGACGUCAAUAUCGCCCGCCAAGCAGCCCUCUGCUACCUCCCAGACCCCUCCGUCCCCUUCCAACACAGCCGCUACGCCCAAAUCCAAACCUUUACUUUAGACGCCACAGCAAAAGGCAUCGAGCGCAGCAGCCUCUGCGUCCUAGACUGGGUAACUCAAGGCCGCACCUCGCGCGGCGAAGACUGGAAUUUCCACUUCUGGCGUGGACGCAACGAAGUCUGGGCCGAAGAUGACAAAGGCAAACGCCGACUCCUCCUGCGCGACUCGGUCAUCCUUGACGAUGAAUCCGGAGACCUGAAAGAUAUCUCCAAAUCCGACGAGAUCGGGAUCAAAAACGACAAGACCACCCAUACCGGUCUAGAAACCCCCGUCAACAUACCGCCGCCGGCGCCGGCCGGCCUAACGCCGCUGAAUCUCAUUGCGGAGCGCACGCGCCCGCACGGCGUCAUCGGCACGCUUAUCCUCUUCGGGCCUGUGUUCGAGGCGCUUGGUUCGUUCAUGCUGAAUCUGUUCCAGUCGCAGCCGCGCAUCGGCAGUCGCAAUUGGUCAGACCAUGCGCCGUCGUCGGUGCCGGGGCCUUCGAUUGGCCAAAAUGCUGAUGUUACGUGGACAGCAGCGCGCGUGCGCGCUGGCUUCGUGCUUGUCAAAUUCGGUGCUAAGGAGUUUGAGACGGCGAAGCGCUGGCUUGGUGGUCUGAUUCGGGAAGAAGGGAGUGUUAUCCGCGAAUUCGGUGAAGAGGCGCUCUGCUGUCUAUGA